AUGGACUUGGUACUGCCGCAAGGCAUCAUUAUUAACGCCAGUGAGGUCUAUACUCAACUAGCUAGUUUAUCGGUCGUUUCCUCAGAGGUAAUAUGGCAUUACUGGAACGCAUACACGGUGAUCUCCAAGAAACUUGGUGGUGAUCCCACUCACCUCCGCCUAGAGAACUUUUGGUGGCAUGUUUGGGGCAGCAAUAGGAGGAAGCUUUCCGGUCCCACUCUCGCCAGGCUCUUUCAAGACAUCUCGACCGGUCCAACAGAUGUGCCUCUCGUGGUCCCAAAGAGAAGUCGUGAGAUACUAGAGAGAUCCAAGGCCCUCCUGGAGCAGAUUAACGCAAACGGACAUGAGUCGGCAUCCACACAACAACAGGAGGAGAACAAGGUAGAUGACCAUGAUGUUAUGGUCAAAAUGAAAGCGCCAACCCCAUCUUCCUCAAGGCCACCUCCGCCACACCCGAUCCUGAAAAAGCAUAGCGCUCCCGUACCAGGACCUCGACAUACUGCCAGAUUCGCUUCACCACUACGCGCCGGAGAGGGUGAAUCUAAAGGAGGUGCCAUAAUGUCCAUCACCAAGGUCGUGCCAGAGCCGUCAACAAUGCCGCCUCCGCCAUCACCGACUGCGAAAAAGACAAAAACAACAGCAGAAUCUCCAACGACCAUGAAACCUCCGCCGCUUCCAUCGACAGAAAAGCUCGAGAAGCCCACCGCGCAGUUACCGACUGCGCCUUCAGGUGGCAAAGCUAGCAAGCCUGUAGCCGCCCGAAAAAGGGUCAUGGCGACUACAAAAUCAGCCAAAAGACGGCCGGUAAUGCCACGUAGGACAAGUUCACAGUCAUCAACUGCAUCUAAUAUCCAACAGCGUAUGGUGCCGGCGACAGCGGACCAGUCUUAUCAAGGUACUCGGUCGUCAACUGUAGAGGAAGAGCCCUUCCAGGAGUCUCCCCCCUCGGUUGCAGUUGCGUCCCCAGCUUCGACCUUGGUAGAUUCACUCUCAGAGGUCCCAGUCCCAAAGGCAGCAGAAAUUUUGGUCCCAGAGGCAGCAGAAGUUUUGGUCCCAGAGGCAGCAGAGGUCCCGGUCCCAACGCCAGUAGAUCAGUCCUCCCGGAGCUCGAAAGGUGGCUCAGCAUCGUCCCAAGACGAGCAAAGGAUCCCGAGUGCUAAGGCAGCCGGGAAGAGGCCGGCAAGGCCCACUCAAAGAUCUUCCUCCGGGGGCAUUCUACCAGUAACUAUCGGCUCCCAAGAGCGGCGACCAUUGUUCGUUAGUUCCGGAUUCUUGCCUGCCCGGUCUCCCAGCUUAUCUCGUAGUGAGCGGAAUGUUCCGACGACACAGGAGGCUACGAAGAGGAACAGCGUGGAAAAGAAGCCACGUCGUGCGCCUGUUGCUGGGUUCGUGGCUGAUCAUGAUAUUGGAAGUGACACGCCCUCACCAGCAAGAACACGCACCACACGUGUCACCGAAGACCCUAUAGUUGGUUCACCUCGGCCGCCACCCAGAGUCCCGUUGUUUUCUCAAAGGAUGUCAGGGGAGCUCCCCUACUCAUCACCACACGCAAUGUCUCACAGGCUUUCCGGCGAGAUUCCUAAUGUACAGGCCUUGACCGAGGAACCCACAACACAGGUGUCCGACACCACUGUCCAGGGGCAGUUCGACUCCGACGUGAUAGCAACAUCGUCUUUGGUUGAAGCCCGAGAUAUACCUGACUUUGUGUCGCGCCGGUCGAGGCCUUCGCCAUCGCUUCUCCAAGAAGCGUUCUCCCCAACACCUCCCAGCACUACUCCAACGAUUCCCUUUGGCAGAUCGAAGAGCCAACUCACGCUACUGUUGGCAAAGGAUAAUCACAGGAAGGUGAAGGAAACCCGUUAG